AUGGGAGCCUCGUUAUCUCGACUCUUUUCAUUGUUUUGGUCCAAGAAAGAGAUCCGCAUCUUAAUCCUGGGUCUUGAUAAUGCUGGGAAGACGACACUAUUAUACAGACUGAAGAUCGGCGAAGUGGUAACGACAAUUCCAACCAUUGGGUUCAACGUCGAGUCCGUGACUUAUAAGAAUCUGCAUUUCAACGUUUGGGACCUGGGAGGCCAAACGUCUAUCCGUCCAUAUUGGCGAUGCUAUUACGCAAAUACGGCAGCCGUCGUCUUCGUCAUAGACUCCACCGAUGUCGACCGGCUAGGGAUCGCCGCGGAUGAGCUGGCAGCCAUGCUGAAUGAGGAGGAACUUCGUGACGCGGCACUUCUGGUGUUCGCCAACAAGCAGGAUCAACCUGGGGCCAAGGGCGCAGGCGAGAUAUCAGAGGCAUUGAAGCUGGGAGAACUGCGCGACCGAAACUGGAGCAUCGUUGCCUGUUCUGCUAUUGACGGCAAGGGCAUCAACGAAGGCAUGGAUUGGUUGGUGCAAACCCUUCAAUCGGAAAACGCGUGA